GUUCCAGUGAGGAACCUCCAGCACAGCUGAGGGCUAUUCCUUUCCUGAGCAGUGAGAGCAUCCCCUGGACACAGGAUUUUCUGUGCCAUUAGUUGCUCACAGUCAUGGGCCAACUGUUCUCUUCAUCUAAUGAUGAGCGCCACCAAGAUUUGGCCUCCAGCUUUAAAGAAUAUUUUAAGAAGUUCAAGGUAGGAAGCAAAAUCAUCUCUCAGGAAACCAUAGCUUCAAUUGAGUUAAGCCUGUCGCAAGGAAACAUGCAGGGGGCAAAUUCUUCAAUCACUAAUGCAUUAAAAGAAAUUGAUAGCACCCCACUCAAUGUUGCUGUGACAGGAGAGUCUGGAUCAGGGAAGUCCAGCUUCAUCAAUGUCCUGAGGGGAAUUGGGCAUGAAGAAAAAGGUGCAGCUAAAACUGGUGUGGUGGAAACAACCAUGGAGAGACAUCCCUACACACACCCCAAGAUUCCCAAUGUGGUUUUUUGGGACCUGCCUGGGAUUGGAACCACAAAUUUCCCACCCAAAGAUUAUCUGGAGAAAAUGAAAUUCAACGAGUAUGAUUUCUUCAUCAUUAUUUCUGCCACACGCUUUAAGAAAAAUGAUAUAGACCUCGCCAAAGCAAUCAGCAUGAUGAAGAAGGAUUUCUACUUCGUGAGAACCAAGGUGGACUCUGACUUAAAAAAUGAGAAGGAAUUCAAACCACGAACCUUUGACAGAGAAAAGGUCCUGGAGCAGAUCCGCAGCAGCUGUGUGAGGACCUUUGAGGAGAAUAAAGUUGAAGUACCACCCAUCUUCUUGAUCUCUAGUAAAAUCUUAUCUGACUAUGAUUUCCAAAUUUUGAUGGACAGGAUUAUGAAUGCUCUCCCUGUACACAAACGACACAAUUUUAUGCUCUCAUUGCCUAAUAUUACAGAUGCGGCCAUUGAAAGGAAGCGGCAGUUCCUGAAGCAGAGGAUUUACCUCGAAGCCUUUGCAACUGGCGUACUCAAUAUGAUCCCUUCACUGACCCUCUUAAUGGGCAAUGAUGUGGAGAAUCUUAGGAAAAGUAUGAACUAUUAUCGAACUGUCUUUGGAGUGGAUGAUGCAUCCUUGGAGGGUUUGGCUCAGGAAUGGCGAGUGUUGGUGGAUCAGCUCAAGGCAAAGAUGAAAUCUCCUCAUGUGUUUGAAACUACAAAGGAAGAAACAACCAUACAAGAAAGGCUUUCAAGACUUCAUGAGGAGUUCUGUUUGACUAACGGGCACCUAUUUACUAAGAAUGUUUAUGUUAAAGAAUUGUUUUACCUGAAAUUUUGUUUCCUUGACAUGGUGACAGAUGAUGCUAAUGUUCUCCUUAGAGAGAUAUGUGUAAAACAUAACUUGGUUUCUGAUUAGGCUAAAAUCUUGUAGCUGUCAAAAAUCAGAAUCAAUGACAGAAAAAAAAAACACUAAUAUUGCAAAACAACAUAAUGGGUUGGUUAUUCAGGCCUUCUAAGCUUUAUUCACACUUACUGAUCAUAUAUCCACAUUAGCUGUAGCAAGGGGAUCAAAUAUGCUUAAAUCUAAAAACAUCUACUCACUUUAAAUAAACGCUAAGAUAUAUGAAUUGCCCUUUUAUCUGAAUUUAUGUCAUAUAAAUCAACACCAAUUUUUAGGUUUAACAUUGUGGUGGGUGGUUUUAUCGACAGAUUAUAGAAUCACAUGGGAGAUGAACCUCUGGACUUGUAUUUGGGAAACUAUUUUGCUUAUGUUAAUUGAGAUAGGAAGUGCUGCCCAUUGUGGGUGGCCCCAUUCCCUAGCUGCUGAUCCCUGACUGUGUAUAUGGAAAGGGAGGCUAACAUAGAACACGUGCACUCAUACAUUGCUCUCUGCUUUCUUACUGUGGGUGGAGGGGGACUAGCUGCCCCCAGCUGCUGCUGCGACUCCUCUAUAACCUUGAGUUUCACACUUAUGUCCUCUCUUCAUAGUAAUACCACAGGAAAAGCCAUAACUGGGCUGGAGAGAUGGCUCACUUGCCUUACAAGUCUGAAGACCUGAAUUCAGACCCACAGAGCCCACAGAAGGCUAUCAUAAGCACCUGAAAUCCAUUUCGUAUUUGAGUGUCAUAGCUCACAGCUAGAUUUAUACUAAACUUUUUAAUAAUUACAACCAACAUUCCUAUAACUUAUAUUUGAUUCACCAAGUCUUUAAAGUUCUCCAUUUUAGCAUGUAUUUUAACAUUUUAACAGGCUCACAGACCUUAGCACAGCUGACAACAUGAUGGAAGUACCAUUCAGACCACACAACGUAGCACAUAGGCAACACAACAAACUUCAUAACAAAACCAAAACAAAUGCCUGCUUUACCAAAAUCCACAAUGCUAGGAAAGUCAUUAAAUGUACAAACCUUGCUCUUCUGCUUCUAUGGUUCCACUGUUGGCUAAUUGUUCUUGUUAACUAAGUAUGUCAACCCAGAUGUGGGUUUGUGCUUAAAAACUCUGAGAAAAGCUUGGGACUGCACUGAGAUAGCAAACACACAGUGUAGUCACCAGCCAGCUAAAAAAGACAUUUUUUUAGCUUAAACACAUGUCUGAAUGGUCAUCUGUGAUGAACAUUCCACAACAACACAAAUUUCAUCUAUUUUGCAAAACAUUUAUAAGUUGAUAUGCUAACAUUGUUUAUUCUUGGAGUCUUGAAGCUCAACCCUAGCCUAUACCCAAUCUAUAAGCAUUCUGACAACAGUAGACUUUGCUAUUGUUUUGAUAAUCCUUGGUUAUCAAAGCAAGUUUGAGGAAAUGUCAGGCUGUUCUUAUUGAGUGAAACCUUUCAACUCUGUUUCUGCAGAUAGUGAGGCUCUAUUGAACCUCUAAGUGAUGGUAAAGAUUUUGGGAGUUUCAGGACCAAUGAAGCCUGGGUAAAGCAUUGGGCUACAAAUAGAAUUUACAGGCUCAGUUUCCUCUCCUCGCCCCUUCUAAGGGGAACAACAUUCACUCCAUGUUUCUCUGAUAUUCUGGGUGAUCGUGGGUUUCAAGAUAGGGUUUUUACAGUUUACAGUGAACCGGAGUCACUGCUGCUGGACGUUCGCUUCCUGUACAGACACAGAAAUGCUAGCAUUAGAUUUUUUCCUGAAAGACAGUGGUAUUUACAGACACUUAUGCUCUCUGGUUUCUGAAUUGUGUUCUAACUGGUCUAGGGUGUGAGGUUUGUGGGAUGAGUUGUCAGAAAUAUCACUGAGAAUGUUCAAGUGUCGUUAUUCACUUACCACAUAAGAGAUAUAGUGUCUGCUAACCUGGGGUCAUGCUGACUUUUUGUUUCCCUUCAUUAAAAUGGCUUUAUUUGUAGGACGAUGAGCAUCAGUGGUGGAUACUCUUGGUUGAAAAGUUGACUAUGUCAGGAAUUAACAAAAACUCAAGGGGCUGGGUACAUUAGUGAUGGAUUUUUUUAAUUAACUAAAUCAUUUGAAGUGUGAAGAUCCACUUUUAACCUAGAUCUCUUGAAGUUGGAAGGUACGUGUUUAAUCUGGACUACACCUUCUGUUGCCAGCCAAUAUAAAGGACAUAAAGAAAGUAAAUUUCUUCUAUUCACCUUCUUGCUCUCACUGGCAAGUCUAUCCCUUCUCUGGCAUUAGAGCCUACUUCUUCAGAAUUCCAGUGUAUACAGAAAACCAGCUGAGACAUCCAAAUGGAUUCUUAGAACUUCCAUUAGUAGACAGCUAUUGUUGAACUAGCUGGACCACAGCCAGUAGGCCUUUCUAUCAGUCUUAUUCAACCUAUAUAUAAAAGACUUAUAUAAAGAUAGAAUAAUGGAUUGAGUAGAGUAAAUGAAGUUGCUAUAUACAUAUCUUCUAUUUCACGUGAUAUAAACUAACCUGGACGAUUAAAGAACUCUAAAUCUUGAACUUGAUGUAUUUUGAUCUGGUUUCCCUUUUAUUCUUUACAUUCACAAUCAAUGUAGUAGAGACUUCAGUAUAGAAUUUAGAUUGUCUUGAAUUUAUGCCUAGAUCAACUAGAAAUGAGAUUUUUCUGAAUUCAAGAAAGCUUUCUUGACUCAUGCUAUGAAUAUUUUUCCUUAUAAAUGAGUACAGAAUAGAGUACAUUUUCUGUUAAUAUUUCUCUUUUAUCUAUAUAUUACCUGGUAAUUUAACACACAUUAAGAUUAAUGUAUAAAGAUCUUGUCUGAAACUGCUCUGUACACUGAACACAUGAGUCAUCUUACUGGAUCCUAUAUGUCAAUUUUUGUCAGAUUCAUAAUUUAAACCUACUAGAGCCAGUAAGAUGAAUCUAUGGGUAAAGAUGCCUACCACUAAAUACCACUAAGUCUUAUAACCUGAGAUCAACUCCCAGGACCCACAGGGUAGAAAGAGAGAAUUGACUCCUGAUGGUUGUCAUCUAACCUCCACACAUGUACCACAGAAUGCACAUACUUACACAUACACACAAACAUACACACAUUUAACUUUUUUAAUGUUUUAACCCAAUACUAAAAAAAUUUCAGGCCCAUUCAAUGUUACUUGUGAACAGCACCAAACUAUAUUUACAGACGAAUAAAAAUCAUAUAAAAAAUUUACCAAAUUAAAGAAUAAGAAAUAAUUACAAAUUCAUUCUUAGACUGUCAUUGCUUUGACACAAAACCAAAAGCUAUUACAUGAAAAUAAAAUUACAAACAAUAUUUCUAAUAAAUCGUGAUGCAAGAGGCCUAAGAAUGGGCUGGAAAGAUGGAUUGAUGGUCUAAAGCACUCACUGCUCCUUUAUAGAGUCAGUGCUCAUUUCUGAGCACCCACAGUAGACACUGUACAACCAUCUGUAACUCCAGUUCCAAGGAUCCAGUACCUUUUUCUGGAUUCUUGUGGCGGCCGCACACACAGCAUACACUCUCCCAUACACACGUACAUACACAUAAAUAAAGAUGAAUCUGAAAAAUCUGUAGACAGUAUUUUUAGCAAAUGGAAUACGAUAUCAUAUCAAAGCGUAAUGUGCAAGACCAAGAGAAUUUUUUUUUAUCAUAGUUAGGACAGUAACAGGCCCACUGCUUGAUGUCAAUUUUUUUCUCUGUUACUCAUCCUGUUGUUUUAUUAACAUGCCCUAUCAAAAGGAAUGUUAGAGGAAGAGGUCUUUUUGGUCUACAGUUCAAUGACAUGGCCUUUGUGGGAAUCUUUGAGGCAGCUGGUCACAUUGCAUAAGGAGGAAAGAAGCAGAGAAUAGUGAAUAUUCGUGCUCAAUUUAUACAGUCCAGAAUUCCAUCCAAGGGAAGGGCACCACCCAUGUUUAUUGUGGUUCUUUCCACCUCAAUUACCAGAGUCCAGAAAUCUCACAUAAAAUGCUCAGAGGCUGAUCUUCUAGCUGGUUCUAGGCCUCAGCAAGUGGGUAAUUGAACUUAACCAUCACACCAGGAAAAGCCACACAAUUACAUUGGAACCUGAACAAGAACUAACAGAACGACAGUUGAGCUGGGGAGGAGGGGUAGCACAUCCAGGAGAUGGGUGAUGAGACACACAAUUGAGGCUGACAUGAUGGUGAAAAUUAAUUACCUACAUGGGCAAUCCCAAUAAAGCUAACUUUCCCAAUGUAUUUGGGAUAGUAUGUUCUCAAAGCCCACCUUCAAUGACACACCUCCUCCAAUGAGACACACUUCCCAAUAUCUCCCAAACAGUUCCAACAAUCAGAAAUCUAGUACUCCUUAAUACAAAUCUAUGAGGGUCAAAUGUCAUUUCAAACACCACACUCAUAUCUUCUGGGGUUUCCCUUUGUUGAUAAGUUCAUCAUCAGAAAUCAAUUGGGUAAAACAUUGGUCUAGAGUCCUCUUUAAUUUACCUCUGUCUCCCAAGUGCUGGAAUUAAAGCUGUGCACCACUACACCCAGAUCUCUGUUCGGUGGUCUUACUAGUUCAAGUAGUUAUCAACAAACUAAUUAAUAAAGAAGUCAUGAUAUUCAAAACAGUGUAUAUAUUACUUAUUCAUAAAAAACACAUCAUGUCAUUUGCAUAUCAAACAAAUGGAAUUGAAGAUUAUCAAGUUAAGUAAAAUAAACAGACUCAGAGAAGCAAGCGCUACAUUUUCUCUCAUGUACAAUCCGGAGAGAAUAGACCAAAAAAAAAAAAAAGCAGACUUUGAGGGGAGAGGAUUGGAGCAGGUGGAGAGAGGA